UAUUUGGAAAAGAAGCGCGCAACUGAAAAAAAUGGCGCAGGGAGAACGCUACAGCAAACCAAUGCACACUCAAAAACGUCCUUUGUGACAUUUGAUUCACCAUGUCGUUACUGAAACCGUUUAGUAGGCGGCCUGCUCUGAACACCGCUACCAUAUUGCUGGUGGAAAGAGAAGAAGAGUUUCAGCAGAGAUUAGCUGAAGUUCUGGUGGAGGAGACGGCAGUCACGUUGAAUGUGAGACUAGCAAAGAGUCUCCCUCUGCCCUUCGAGAACCAACACAGUCGCCCCAGGAUAGACUUGGUGGUUUUCAUCGUCAACCUCACCUCUGAACUCAGUCUGCAAUCUGCCCGAGCUUCCCUCAAAUAUUUGGACCCGGGAUAUUUUCUUGGAAAAGUCUGCUUCAUGGCCACCAACGCACGCAAUGCAGCCGUCCCCCAAGAGCGCCUGGACACCCUCAGAGGGCUGGCUGCGUCCUUACGCUGCACGCUGCUCUUUGCAGAGGAUCAGGUUCUCCGCUGUGGCAGCGGUGUUAAUAUUUGUCCCCUGCAGACGGCAGAUGGUGCAACCAACGCCUCAGAGAGAUUGCUGACCAUCCUGAAGGUGGCGGCCGGUCUCGUUCCCAUGACGACAGCACUCUAUCUGUCCAACCUGACAAUGUGCACAGUGCCCUCAAACACUAACGAAGUGGAUUUUGAUUAGUUACCGCCAUCGGACUGGCAAACUCUCUGACUUUAACAUGAUUAUCUUCUCUGUGGUUGUACUCUGCUGUCGAUGACCUUUUAUUUAUUUACAGUCUUGUCCAAAUCUGGCAAUAGUCGGUACACCUUCACAAUCCCAUACAAAUAACAAGGCUUAGUCAUGGAUGUGAACCGCACUCAUCAUACUUGUGAGGCAUUUCUACUCGCUUACCUUCUUGAGCUAAAAAUCAACCCAUUAAGAACACCUCAUAGUAUAUAUAAUGCAGUGCCGUUCUCAAAUCAGCUUGUUUCGUCUGUGUGUAUUUCUAUCCAAUCUGUAUCCAGGAGUCAACUAAAACAUGUUCAAGAUCAUAUUUCCACAUAAACUGAUUUCUACCCAUGAAAGAGGUUUUAAAUGGUGUCAAAUAUUUAAGCGCCGUGCAGUGGUUGAGGACCCCCAGGGGCGGCUUGUUGAUGGCGGUCUUUGUGCCCCAUGUCACGUUUUCAUCCCGCAUUGAUGCACGUGUGCACUUGCUAUUAAUAGGUUGUCAUCAUGUCAGUUAUCAGUCAUUCAUGUUCAUCUGUUGUUUUGUAGCAUGCAGCAAGACACUGGAGGCACACGAGGGGGGCUGAGGAAUUUGACUGGUAAUUUCAAAAUCCUUGCUCCGAAGUGUCUUUCAUUUAACAUUUAUGGCGGCAAUUUGACCGAUUAAAAGAAAAAAAUGGGGGGAGUGGGGAAUUAACCAGGCUUCUGGUUACUAUAAAGUGGAACUGAUUCUGAUAAAGCUAUUCUAUUCCCUCCCAUUUAAUAACAACCCAAAAUGCAGUGCAUCGUGAAUCUGCCCAAAGAUAGAAUAUUAAAAGAAAUGUCACGAAAGGUGAAAAUAAAAAGUUGAGAACAUAAAUUCUAAUAUCGCUCGGAAGAUGAACUUAUCCCCAAAUCAUUAAAAAUAACUGACUCAAUGAAAUUACUGCAGUGUUGGUCAAGCUCCUUUUUUAAAUGUCAACAUAAAGUAUUAAAAUGCCCUUUUGCUCAAAUUAGUCUUGUCCUUUUCUCUGCUUGAUACGAAUGUAUUUAUGUGAACUGAGUGUGUGCUAGAGCUGCAUUGACUACAGUGGUACCCAUCUCUAGUCUGCCCAAACUUCUCUGGAAGAAACUUAAAAGAUUUUGGGUUUGGUAGUUUGAAUCGUUGUAACAAUGCUUCUUGCCAAUAUAUUUAAUACA